AUGGAAACACCAGUGUCAGAACGUCGCGACCUCAGGAGCCCACGUACGGAGCACCUUCGUCACAUAUUCCAUCCAAGAAUGUGUGACCGCAUUCUGCAAGAAAAUGGCCAUGCAGAAGUCGCGAUACUGCAUGAUCCAGAUGUUACAAAGUGUCGCCUAAGAAUCAUUGUUUCGCCAGAGUCCAUCCCGAAUCUAGCAAUCAGACUAUUUGGGUGUACUCUUGCGGAGACGUCUACAGGGUGGGUUCUACAGGUUGAACAGGGUCCUGAUGUAGAACUCGAAGACCGCGGCACUUUCAAGUUUUCUCGUGCAAGCGUGGACGCGGUCGGACUAUUGAUCGGGACACCUAUCCGCCAGUUGGUGGACCACGGGAAUGAAAUGACGACGCUGCUUAGUCUAUACGUUACUGGAGCGCCAAAGUCUAACGGUGUAAUCGAUGUUGAAGCGCAUGCCGACAAACUCGAAACAAUCGCCUUGAAGCUCUGGCCUCUUUCACAGUAG